AUGGACAUUUACAAGUAUCAAAUAAUUAUUCAUGAUGAGUACUAUAAGUGCAAUCAGUUCCCGGAGUCCACCUCCUAUUACUAUCAUAAAACCACUUCAUUGUUGUUUUUGCAAGACGACGCUUUACUUUUCAGUAUUUAUAGAAGUAUCGAUGCAGUCAUCUCGAAGAUAAUUCCAUGUAUUCUAUUUCCAAUUUUAACAUUCCUUCUGAUACUUGAAAUCAGAAAACAAAGAAUUAAUCGGGAGAAAUUAAAGAGCUCAUUUGCACCAAAGGAAUCUAAACACACUACCAAAUUUGUGUUGUUCUUAACACUCCCAUUUUUCUUGGCAGAACUUCCACUUGGUAUCAUUUUUAUGAUAAGUCCUCCACUCUGGAAUCAAAUUGGGUCAUAUCUCCUUAUGGAGGGACUCGAGAACUUCUUCUCAUUUAUUCUAUCCGGAACAACUACGCUUCAUAUGGUCGUCUGUAUAUUUAUGUCAUCUCAGUAUCGAAAGGUUGCAUGGUCAACUAUUCGAUUUGGUUACGUGUUGGAAGAGCAGCAGAAUAAGCCGAUAUUUGUGCAAAGGAUGUUGACAGUGUGA